AUGACACUAGCCUUCUUUGGCUUUCUCCGUCUUGGUGAGCUAACAUGCAACUCUAAAUAUAAUCCAAAUAUUCACCUUUCCCGAGAUAGCAUCGUUUUUUCGCCAAAUCUUGGCAUAAAAAGCCCUCAAUUUAUGACUGUUCACAUUAAAGAAUCAAAGACGGACCCAUUCCGGCUGGGCCAUACUAUCACAGUCGGGGCCACUGAUUCUGAGGUUUGCCCUGUGCAAGCCUUGAAAACAUAUUUUUUGCGUCGGCCCAUAACAUCUGGGCCUCUGUUUAUUCAUGCAUCAGGAAAACCUCUCACAAAACAAAUUUUAACCAUCAAAACCCGGCAACUGUUGACUCAAGCGGGUUUCAAUGCCGUAGACUAUGCGGGCCAUAGCUACAGGAUAGGGGCAGCAACAACUGCUGCUGAAGCUAAAUUGCCGUCAUGGCUCAUUAAAACGUUAGGACGGUGGUCGUCAGAUUGUUACGAACGUUAUAUAAAGACGCCUCCAUCGACUUUAUCGGGGGUAUCAGCCAUGUUGGUCAAUACUGCGAACCAUUAAUGUCUGUUGAACUGAUAAUGAAUGCGCCGACAAAAAUACUAAGUUAGUUCAUUUAACUCAAAACAUGCAUGUUUUCCGCUUAUAUGUGGGUCCUCGUCUAUGGGGAAUACACGCUGUGUAUUUGUGGGGUUAAAGUGCUCCCAAUGGUCAACUUCAGGCCCAUAGACUCAGAUGUAUUGAAUGUAAUCAGUCGAAUCGUAGGUACUGUCCAAGGGGAUUACCACCCCUUGGUUCAGGUCUAUGUCAGAGGGGGUCGCUACCCUUCGGGCAGAGCUCCUAUGGAGCAUUCAGUCUCUCCUAGCGGGUCUUAUAUACACCCCCGCGGGAUGAUCAUAAGCUAUAAUGAGUCGUUGGGAUCAGACCAUAGUUUAAGUGUAACCGGAGUACUUUACCCCCAAAACCCAUUCUCCCACAUAUUAAAUCGUGUUCGCGUUUUCUUGUCUCAUAUAACAGAGCAAUUGAACCAUUAAAGCCAAUUUAUAUAUACAAUUAUAUAAAUUCAAGUUAAUGGAGCAAUGCUCAUUUGCAACCUAUUGCUAAUGCAACCUAUUGCCUACAUUUAAAUUGUGCAAAGGUGCUUUGUCACUCGGACAGUACAAAGUUCAUCUGCCUGCCAGGAGCUGCUUGUUUUUAAAAUCUCAAAGGUCACUUCGUGCUCGUCACAUGUAUGCACAUGCACAGGUGAUGAUACAACAGCUACAAGCCAAUGAGAAUACAGUUUCCUCAAACCGCCAAAACUGACCAAUCAAAUUCAGAAUAGGCAAUGAAAAGUCAAAGCAUGCUCGGAAUAUAUCACUUUGUUUAAAGUUUGCAGAGCUAUAGGAUAUAUCAAAAGCUGCUCAAAUUCUUUAAUCCCACCCACCCACCACUUCUGGCCAGAGGUAUCCAUUCAUCCAAAGAGAAUUUAUUGAUGGAAACAGGAUGCUGUGUCCACAUGAGAAAACAUGGUGAUCACUAGACAGAGGACUAUGCUGCAUCGGGGAAAUAUUAGAUACACUGGGAGAACACUUGUACUGAACUUAAUUGUACUGUGCCUCCCCAAAUAAUUAUUAGAAUAUUAUAUACAUUGGUGUUAAUUGUUACUUUUAUAUUUAAAAAAAAAUAUAUAUAUAUUAUUGGUUUUCGGGGUUAAAGUGCUCCCAAUGGUCAACUUCAGGCCCAUAGACUCAGAUGUAUUGAAUGUAAUCAGUCGAAUCGUAGGUACUGUCCAAGGGGAUUACCACCCCUUGGUUCAGGUCUAUGUCAGAGGGGGUCGCUACCCUUCGGGCAGAGCUCCUAUGGAGCAUUCAGUCUCUCCUAGCGGGUCUUAUAUACACCCCCGCGGGAUGAUCAUAAGCUAUAAUGAGUCGUUGGGAUCAGACCAUAGUUUAAGUGUAACCGGAGUACUUUACCCCCAAAAACCCAUUCUCCCACAUAUUAAAUCGUGUUCGCGUUUUCUUGUCUCAUAUAACAGAGCAAUUGAACCAUUAAAUGGUAAAAACGGUGGUAAUAAGUUCACAUCUAAUGGCCGAAUAUCAGCGUUAACGGAAGUAUAGAAUUCGUUAAGAGCAUUGGAAGCUUGUAAAUUGUUUAGGAUUUCACCAUCGCGUUCUAAGGUGAAAGGCUUUGUUGUUUCGGGUUUGCCAGCAUUUUGUUAAUGAUUUUCCAUGAACUUUGUUUUUACAAAAUGAUUUCUUUCUUUGCUUAAUCUCCUCUUGGACUUUAUAUCUUAAAAAUUUCCAUAGGGGGGUAGUAUGGUUAUGGAAUGCUUUCUGUCGGUCUUUAAUCAGUUUUUUAAUACUUGGGGUUAUCCAAGGUUUAUCGGUUUCAUGCCACUUCACAGUUAUAGGAGGGAAUAUACUAUUAUUAUUAUUAUUAUACGUCUUUAUUAAAAAUUGAAGAUGCAACAAACGUGCAUCUUUACAGUGCAUAUAAGAUAUAUAUAAAUAUAUAUAUAGUAAUUAUUAAAACGUUCAGUGCAUAUGAGAAGUGUUAAUUAGAUUAUUUACAAAUUUAGUAUUAUUUAUAAAUUAAAUUAUUUACAUUAUAGUUAAUAUUAUAUAUCGUAUAUAACAAAAUUUUAAAACUAAAGGUCAUUAAAAAGACACUUGUUCAAAAAUGAUUGUUUAAAACGUUGUGUAAACUUUUGGUAACAUAAAUUGAUGAUCGCGUUCUCUUAAAUUAAAGGUCGUCGACGUUCUUCCGGUAACAACUCAUAUAGGCAAUGUUCAGGAUUGUGCAUGACCUUAUUGAACAAUAAUCGAUCCCUCUCUUCAAUCAUCUUGGCCAUUGAAUAUUUAUUCUGAGUGUAUCCAUAUCGGAAUGCACGAUUGAGAAACUUGUUGAAUUUAUCAAUGUAUUUCGCUUGCAAAGCCGAUCCCCAUACUUCAAUUGCAUAGUAAAAUAACGACAGGAUCAAUGAAUCGAACAAUUUAGUAAGUUCAUUUAGUGAAUAUCCGUAGAAUUUACAAACUCUCAGGAUGUAAAUUCGACUUCCUGCCUUUGACAACAAGCUAUCUACCUGCUUGUCCCAACAACGUGGGUUUUCUUGAAAGGUGACACCAAGUAGUUUUAACCAUUUUUUACGUCGUAUUCCAUUAAUAAGGGGGGGGGGAGGUAUGGCAGGUGAACGAGUACAUAGUAACAUUUCCCAGGUUUUUUUUAAAGUUGAGUUUCAUUCUAUUGUUGCUUGCCCAACUCUCAAUGUUAGUUACCUCGUCCAAAGCCGAGUCACCAGACGAUGUGACAGGAACACUCACUGUUAAAUCAUCUGCAAACUUGACCAAAUUGUUCGUUUGUGGAUGUUUGGCUUCAAUGUCGUUGACCAUUAACGAAAAUAAGAAGGGGCCAAGAACUGUACCUUGAGGUACUCCUCUGUUGAUAUUAACAAAAUUGGUAACAGUUCCAUCUACAGUAACUCUCUGUUUCCUACACGAUAUAAAAUUAAUGAGCCAAUUGAUAAUAUAAGGAUUAAGAUUUGUUGAUUUCAAUUUCUGUGUUAAAAUAUCGUGGGGGACGCUAUCAAACGCUUUACUGAAAUCGAAGGAUAUUACCCGAAUGAAGUUAGCCUUAUCGUCUAACCAUUUUAGCCAAUGAUGCUGGCACUUUAUCAGAGCUGCAGUAGUGUUCGAGUUUUCCCUAUAAGCGUACUGGUUCUUACCGAUAAUCAAUUUUGAGGGAUGACGAAUCUCUUCUUGAAAUAUGAUCGUUUCGAAGAAUCGCAUAAUAACAUUAGUCAACGAUAUUGGUCUCAAUUGAUCGCAUUCGGUUAACGGAGAUUCCUUAGGUAAUGGGCUUAGAUUCGCUAGCUUCCACAUACUAGGUACACGCUGCUGUCUCAAAGAAGAAUUUAAUACAUUUGUAAGAACUGGUGCAAGAUAGCAGGCAAAAUCCCUCCAAACCCAAUACGGAAUACCAUCCGGAUCAGGUGAUGUUUGUUUUUGGUCUCAUCAUAACGUUUUCAACAGUUUUGAUGUCAACAGUUGGAACUCGAGUUCCUUCAGGGAUUAUCAAUGGAUACGAUUAAUGGCUUCUGUAAGGUGCGACGAAAAUGAUGUUAAAUCGUCUACCGUUUGAUUAGUCCCUAACUCGCCAAACCAGACAUGUGUAGCGAUCCAUCUCCCCAAAGCUUCAACCCCAGACCUUGGAUAGCGCCGGAUGCGACGUUUGACAGAUUUCGUACGUUCUUGAGAAUUGGUACUCUCUAGACUGGGUGACCAUGUUACAAUAUUAUGGUCUGAGGACCCUAAGGGCUCUAAAACUUGGGGAGGUUCAUACAGGUUUGGUUGGUUCGUAAUUAUCAGAUCCAAAAUGGCUGUUCCUCUUGUAGGGACUUUGACAACUUGCUUCAGGUUAUGACUUGAUAAUAUAUUCGAUAUAUCGAAAUCGUUAAAAUCACCAAGGACUAGACCACAGUUGGGAUGUUGGUUGCGUAAUGAAUCUAUUGUUAAAACUAAGUAUUCAUUAAGUUGGCGGUGGUUUUCUACAGGUAAACCAGGGGGAUGAUAGACUAUGCACGCUGCAAUACCAGAGAGCGGUCUGGGAAGGCGGGGAAGGCGAAGCCACAGCCACAGACAUUCUAAAUUUUCAUGUUCCAGGUCCAACCUACGUUUGGCAUAGGUGCCCUGUAGUAGAUAAGCACAAAUUCCUCCUCCACGACGGCUAGAACGGUCUUUACGAAAAAUGUUAUAUCCGUUUAUCGAAACGAGUCCAUCCUCGAUGUCACUGUUCAAUUAUGAUUCAGUGACCGCCACUACACUGGGUUGGCGACAACUUAAAAACAAGGUGAGUUCAUCUAUUUUUGGAAGCAGCGAUCUGGCAUUAAUACAGCAGAAAUUAGGUAAAUGUGACUUUGAGGACUUUGUAAUACAGACAUUAGGUUUGUGUAUGACAAUAUUUUUCAGAUUUA